CCGACCUGAUCGCACGCUAGCUAUUUUUUGCAGCGCUGCGAUCAGGUUAAAACUCAGCAAAACUGCGCAUGCACUGCAUUGUGCAGGUGCGUCAUACGGGUACAAAGCGGAUCGGUGCUGUGUGAUGGAUUUAACGAAGAAUCCAUUCGCACAGCCGAUCGCAAGAAGAUUGACAGGAAGAAGGUGUUUAUGGGUAUCAACUGACCGUUUUCUGGGAGUGGUUGGAAAAACGCAGGCGUGUCGAAUCGUUUGCAGGGUGGGUGUCUGACGUCCAUUCCAGGGCCCGAGAAAAGACUGAAGUGAUCGCAGCGGCUGAGUAAGUUAAGACCUACUCAGAAACUGCACAAAACUUUUUUGUACUGCUCAGCUGCACAAGUGUUCGCACACUUGCAAAACGAAAAUACACUCCCCUAUAGGCGGCGACUAUCUGAUCGCAGCGCUGCAAAAAAUAGCUAGCAAGCGAUCAACUCGGAAUGAUCCCCAUAAUCAUUACGAUAAUACUUUAUUAUCCAGCACUGAAGGAUCGACUUGUUCUAACCAUAAAUGUUUUAGGAUGCAGUAUGAUAUCUAGGCACUUAGGAUCCCAGCAGCCGGAAUACCAGCGGUGAGCACAGCAUAUCCCCUUGCGGGCUCACCACACUUCAGGCCCAGUGGCGGUUAUAUUCCCCCACGGUUGGUGGCGUGGACCACCACCCGAGUGGGGGCUCUGGCUGGCUGUCAGGAUUACGACCUCUGGUAAUUUAAUGGGUGUCGGGAUUCCGGCGUCUGUUUCCUGACAGCUGGCAAAUUGAAUGACUCCUGUUUAUUACUAAUACUGACUGUAGAACACAGCAACUUAGCAUGUCGGCGGCCAUGUUCUUGUGAUUCACUUCACUAGAGCAAAUAGAUGUUUAUUAGCAUCCAGGAAGGGAACAUCUGUGUGCUCAUAUGAGUGUCUUAAGAAACAUGUGUAAAUAUUUACCAUUGGUAAAUUUUUCCAAAAUCUAUUUUUAACCUAAGUAAUGAUGAGCUUCCAGCAAACCAAGCUGGAUCACAAAGCAGCAAAUACUUUUUAAUAGUACUUAAGUUGUGUACAUUGAAGGAUUGCAGAAGUAAUCCUGUUAUUAAGAGGCUGAUAGCCAGGCAGCUCAUAUGACCAAGUGUACUUGACUGAUACCGGUGAGAUAAUGAAUAUGAGAAUCCUUCUUCAAACACUCGUUGCUCUAGGCUGUGUACUGUGCUGACUGUAUCUGACAUGCCCAGGCAGCAGAAUGUUCCUUCUGCAUAAAUAUUUAUCUAAUCAGGAGCUCAUCCUGUUACAAGAUGCACUACUAUCGGUAUAGUACGGCGGAGGUUAGCUGCUGCUACAAGUACCUUCUCUUCAGCUACAACAUAAUAUUCUGGUUAUCUGGUAUGGUACUGUUGGGAAUUGGCCUGUGGGCAUGGAGUGAAAAAGGGAUAUUGUCUGACAUAACAAAAGUUACUCGACUCCAUGGGUUUGACCCUGUGUGGAUGGUUCUGGUAGUCGGGGUCAUUAUGUUCACUUUAGGCUUCGCUGGAUGUGUUGGUGCUUUGCGAGAAAACAUCUGCCUUUUAAAAUUUUUCUGUGGUGCCAUUGUCUUGAUCUUUUUUAUGGAACUGGCUGUUGCAGUAUUGGCCUUCCUUUUCCAAGACUGGGUGAGAGACCGAGCCAAAGAAUUUUUUGAGAACAACAUUCGAGCUUAUCGUGAUGAUAUCGACCUACAGAACCUCAUCGACUCCCUACAGAAAGCGAAUCAGUGCUGUGGUGCACUGGGUUCGGAUGACUGGGAUUUGAAUGAAUAUUUUAAUUGCACUGGUGAAAAUCUGAGUCGAGAGAAAUGUGGCGUUCCCUUUUCAUGUUGUAUUGCAGACCCAGCGCAAACUGUCGUGAAUACUCAGUGUGGCUAUGAUGUCCGCAAAAAGUCGAUCAGUGAAAGAGCCGCAACAACAUAUGUGAAGGGUUGUAUAUCUGCGUUAGAGGCGUGGUUACCGAGAAACAUAUAUAUAGUAGCUGGCGCAUUCCUGGUGAUUUCCAUUCUGCAGAUUUUUGGUAUUUAUCUGGCUCGGACACUUAUGUCUGACAUUGAAGCAGUGAAGGCUGGAUACAGAUUUUAAGGACAUACCCUCUAGACUGGAAGUCUUAGAGGCCCCUCUGUAUUUUUUUUUUUUUUUCAUUCCUAUUGAACCGUAUUAUCCACUGGAGUUUCUGAGCCAACAGUCUUCAUGUUCUGAAUUUUAUAAACUGAAGUUUGGAAGGUUGGCCUCUGUACAAUAGGCCCUCGUGAGAACAUUUUGGAGUAUAAAAGGUGUUUCAUUUCCCUGUAAUGUAACACGAUGUCCUACAUCUAACUUUUUUUUGUAAAGGAGGGGGAGAUCGCUAAAGAAAAUGGAAUCACAUUUCUGGCAGUGAAUUGGAUUGAACGUAUUUCUCUCUUUUAGUUUGGUAUAUAUAGCCCUUUCCUGUGUGGACACGGGGGCUAAGCUCUAAUUCUUACUUUGUGUGAAAUGCUGUUGCUGGACAAUAACCACUGCUAUAUUUUGGUGACCUUACCACAAAGGGAAAUCCCAAUUGUGUAUAUGGAGUGUUAAGUUCAUUUAUUUUCGUAGGUUGUGAGUCACAGUUGUCAUGACGACCAUCCAUUGCAGUUGUCGUCCCAUCUGGGUACCAUCUCUGAUCAUUUUCAAAUGGCUGCACCAUGUGACCAAAAUAGCAUUUCAAGUGCUCUUUUUUUCUACUGGCUUGUAAAGUAUAAUUUUAAUGUGGUCAGUGUAUUUCAAAUAUUAUGUGUUAUUUAACUGUAACCUGAUCUGUUUUAAAACACAUAACACAGCAAACCUCUGACAUUACACACUGUGCAAUUCUAAUUUCAUUUUUCAGUGUUCAGAAGAACUCAACAUCGAUCUGUGUCAUGAGGAGAUUAAUACUGACUUUGGUGUUCAGUAUUAAUUAAUUGUCUUUAAUAUUAAUGGAGCAAUAGUCACUGCAUUUGCAAGACUAAUUUAAAUAGUACAAAAGUUAAAUGUGCACUUUUAAACACCCAAUAUAAAAGUGUGACUUUUGAACUUGUACAUCUUGAUAAACAUUUAUUAUUACUUAUUUGCAAAUUAAAAGUCGUACUAAAGUAACAGCAUGUAACAAUAGUUUUCGAUAAUUCGUUGUUUAUUUUCUUUGUCUUGCAUGUACUCUCAACUACUUACGUUGUUUUAAAAUGGAGCACAAUAGUGUCAUCUUGUGGUUGCUGUAAAUAUUACAGGUAACAGAUUUGUUAGAAAGCAAAGAUAAUAUUGUAUAUUAUGUUUUUGUUUUCAACUAGACUGUACUUUAAAUAAUGUUUUUUUUGCAUAGCAAGUAUAUAUAUAUAUAUUGUAGAUUUAUUUUAUGUAUAGACACUUACAUGUUUACAAUUUUACAUUUUACUUGGUUUUACUAAAAAAAAAUUGAAUGUUGAUAAUAUGUGCAGGUAUCCAAAUGUCCUUACAUUUUAUCGAUUUACUGGCAUCUGGACGUAAUGCAUUAUUUUGUAUAAGUCUUUGGUGCAAAUGUCUGCUUAAUAAUUUGAGCACCUGUUGAAGAAGUACCCAAAGUAGUUUCUUUAUCUUUUUGCCACAUUCAUUUGAUAGUUUUUUUUUUAAUUAUUAUAUAUUAGGCUAAUGUACAUGGCAUGUAAAAAUACAAGGAUUACUGCAGAAUCUACAGUAGUUACAUUUAAUUGUUGUCGCCAUAUCAAUUGCAAUUAAAACUGGAAUAUUAACCACACACAUAUUGAAAUCUGAUUGUUCAGCCUACCAUGAGCAAAUGUGACAGUGACAGAUGACAUUAUAUGCCAUGCAGUUGGAUUGUAAUGGGAAUUAGGCACACUACCAUGCUAUUCCAUGCUACUGCCUGGCAGCUGAUGGCUGAUCCCACACUGGGCGGUCAUCAUGUGGCCUGCUAAAUCAAAUAGUUUUCAUCAUUUUGUAUGAGGCCACAUACUGUACAGCUAAAUAGAAAUGUAAGAUUAACAUUAGACACUCCACAGCAACCUGUCAGCAGUGUUUGUGUUCCUUUCUGUCCCUAUCAUACUAACCUUUUCUCUAGAUUAGUUCAUGUAUAGCUUUGCACUGCCUUGGUAAAAUAUGAUAUACAUGUAAAGCCUUGAGUGAUCUAGAAAAUUAUUUUAUAAAUAAAGGUGUCUUUUUUUGUAA